AUGAAUCAAAUUGAAAAUUUUAUGAAAAUUGGUGAUGAAAAUUUCCAAAAAGGAAAAUAUGAUAUAGCUAUCGAAAACUAUUCAAAUGCCAUAGAUUUAAUUGGGUCAGAUAUCACACACAAGAAUUAUGCAUCAUUAUUAUUUAAAAGAGCUGGUAUUUAUAAUUCACGUGGAAAGAAUAUUUUAGCAUUAAGCGAUUUAAACAGAGCCAUCGAAGUCAAUCCAGAAAAUAUUCAUGCAUUAAUUAAGAGAGGCAAGAUUUUAUCAUCGUUAGGACGUUUCGAAGAUGCAAUUGACCAAUACAAGAAGAUUUUAAAGAUCAGACCAGAUUAUGCACAAGCAAAACAAUUAUUAGAAAAGGUUAAAAAAGCAGAGUCUCAAUUAGAUAAAGCACGUGAUUUAAUUAAAAUCGAUAAAAACUAUAAAGAAGCACUACCACUUUUACAAGAAAUUUUAAAUACCGUUAGCGACCUCAAAGAAGCACGUUUAAUGGCCAUCGAAUGUUUCUACCAUAACGGUGACAAUAGAAGAGUUUUGGAUGAAACUAUGUCCAUUCUUAAAGCUGAACCAUCCUCUGUUAAAGCUUUAUAUUGGAGAGGCAGAACUUUCUUUUCAAUGGGUGAAAAAGAAGUUGCAUUAAAAUUCUUAAGGGAAGCACUUAAAUUUAGUCCAGAUGAUAACGAUUGUAGAGAAAUGUUAAAAACCAUCACAAGAUUCGAAAAAGCAACAGGUAACGCAAAUGAAUUAUUCAACCAAAAUAAAUAUCAAGAAUCUUUAAAUCAAGCAGAUAUAGCACUCGAAAUAGAACCAAAUAGUAAUGUUUAUUCCACUCCACUUUAUCUCUUAAAAUGUAGAGCACUCUUAAAGUUAAAGAAAUCCAAAGAAUCAAUUGAAGCUUGUGACAAGGCAAUCGAAUUGGAUGAUUCAAAUGGCGACGCAUACUUCCAUAGAGGUGAAGCUUUUAUGUUUGAAGAUGAUUAUCAAAAAGCCUUAAACGAUUACAAUAAAGCAAGAGAAUUCAAACCAAAUGACCAACAGGUGCAUGAAGGUAUUAGAAGAGCUCAAAAAGCACAAAAAAUGGAAAAGAGAAAAGAUUAUUACAAGAUUUUAGGUAUACCAAAAACUGCCUCUAAUGAAGAGGUUAAAAAAGCUUUCAAAAAAUUAGCUAUCAAGAACCAUCCAGAUAAGAGUAAACAUGAAGAUAAAGAAAAGGCUGAAAAAAUGUAUAUGGAAAUUAAUGAAGCCUACGAAGCUUUGAAGGAUGAAGAAAAACGUAGACGUUAUGAUAUGGGUGAAGAUCUCAAUGACCCAAUGGGUGGAGGUGGUGGCGGUGGCUUCCAAGGUUUCCACGGUGGUUUCCCAGGUGGCUUCAAUUUCCAAGGCUUCCAAGGUUUCCAACAAGGUGGCGGUGGUGGUGGCGGCGGUUUCCAAUUCCAUUUCCGUUAA